UGCGACGCGCUCACACACACUCGUAGCCAAGCCACAGAGAGAGAGGCACACGCAUGCAUACGAUGGCGCGGUGUGCGUCUCGCCGUGUCGCCGCCGCGGCGGCCGUCGUGGUGGCCGUUGCGCUGGCGGUGAGCUCCGGCGUCGGCGCGACGCCGGAGACGGCGUGCAGGGCGGCGGAGGAGGAGGACAGGCGGGUGGACUACGGCUUCUGCGUGUCGAGGCUGAGCCACCACCACGACAGCCCCGACGCGGACACGUGGGGGCUGGCCAAGGUGGCGGCCGACGUCGGCGUCUGCAUCGCCGGCGACGCGGCGUACGACGCCAAGGCGAUGCUGGCCUCGGCCGGCGGAGGCGGAGGCGAGCGGGCGGCGCUGGAGCGGUGCGCGGAGCUGUACGACAGGAUGGGGUCCGCGUUCGCCGCGGCGUACGACGACAUCAACCGGCGGGACUACGCGGCGGGGAAGGAGAAGGCCGGCGAGGCGAUGUCCCUCGCGCGCCGGUGCGACGGCGCGUUCGCCGACGCCGGCCUCCCGUCGCCUCUCGAGCGGCAGAGCUCGGAGUCCGUCAAGAUCGCCGUUGUCUGCACGGCCAUCACCAGCCUCGUCAAAUAGAUCGAUGGAGCGAUUGCGAGGCACGUAGUAGCUUUCCUGUACGUAAUUCGGAGGAAUAAAUGACCGAGCGCCAUGGUCGAUUGCAGCGCUCGAUCGAUGCAUCCAUGCAUGCUAGCUCUCUUUUUCCAUCUUCUUUGUAUGUAAUGGCAGUGUUACCGUCA